AUGGCCGCCGCCCUCCACAUCCGCAUCCCAACCCUCCAAACCCUCCCGCUCCCAUCCAUCAUCCUCCGCUGCACAACCCUCAACCCCCAACCCUUCAAAACCUCCCCCUCCCCCUUCUCAACAACCCGCAUCACCCGCAACACCAACACCAACACCAACACCAGCAGCACUGGCGCCAGCGCCAACGGGAGGACCAACGCCAACGGAAAUGGAGACGUCAAUGCGAACGGAAACCCCUCCUACCCGAAAUUCUCCCUGAAGAGUAUUGUGCCCAACCCGCGGAUGCGCAAGGCGAUUAUGGCGGGGUUGGUGGUGAUGGCGGGGAUGGAGGGGUAUAUGUGGGUGACGUAUUGGCCGCAGAUUAUGGGGUGGGUUGGGUAUGGGGGGGAGGAGAAGAAGGAGUGA